GCUUUAAGAAAACCGAAACAACAACAACAUUGAUUAGUCUUUGGGGUUGAAGCGGGACAGGUCACCAACGAUCAAGCUGAGUUAGUGAACUCAACCAGGACCUGCUUCGUGAGCUUUGGGUGUAUUUAAGGAAAGAAACAUGGAGGCCAGCGGGAGCCGAGAGGAUCGGACCUCUGCGCUGAGAGUUUUGGCAAAGUGGAUGUUUGGCAAGAGGGACGAGGAGGAGCUGGAGGAAGAGGAGGAGAAGAAGAAGAAGGAGGAGGAGGAGGAGAAGAAGAAGAAGGAGGAGGAGGAGGAGGAGAAGAUGGAGGAGGAGGAGGAGAAGAUGGAGGAGGAGGAGGAGGAGGAAGGGGACCGGGAUUUCUGCGCCAACAUACUGUCCUCCUUCAUCCACAGCCUGGAGACCCAGCAGUGGGAGAGCCUCCGGGAGCGCAUGAGAGCGCCGCUGACUCAGGCUCACCUGGUCCAGGUGUCAAGGAGGAUCAUCAUGGUGGUGUCCGAGCUGGUCUGCCAGGUGCUGGUCCCGGCCCUGAUGGUCCAUCUGCAGGCCCAGUACUGUUCAGAGGCUCCAGCCGGCCAGGAGGAGGAGGAGAGAUCCUCCCUUCCGACGGAGAAACCCGCCGAGGAAGACGUCACUGAGGAAGACGUAGCCGAGGAAGACGUCGCCGAGGAAGGCGUCGCUGAUGAAGACGUCGCCGAGGAAGGCGUCGCCGAGGAAGGCGUCGCCGAGGAAGACGUCGCCGAGGAAGGCGUCGCAGAGGAAGGCGUCGCCGAGGAAGGCGUCGCCGAGGAAGGCGUCGCCGAGGCGUCUCCGUGGGAUGACGUCGAACAUUACUUGGACCCGGCCACGCAGAAGAUGGUCUACGUCAUCGCUCAGAGCCUGGACGACUCCUCUUGGGAGUCGACGGAAGCAGGAGAGAAGUCCGAAUGUGCUGCUUGCAGGAUCCUGAAAAGCUUGGCCUGCAAGAUGAGAUCCACAAGGAAAGAGGAGGCGCGAGAGGAAGAAGAGAACGGGUCCGACGUGGACAGCGUGGACAGCAUGGACGGCUUCGGCGGCUGCAGCGGCGGGUGCUCGCUCCACGAGAAACUGGAGAAAGUGAGAGGGGUCUUCAAGAGAAGACACGGAUCACCGGUCCGGGACACGGCGCCGACCUACCCGCUGACCGUGUCCUCCGAGCAGGUCGCCAGGGACCUGUCGUCCCACAGGUUUCGCGACGCCUGCCUUGGCGUCCUGAAGAAGUUCCUCAUGAACUCGCUGGUCAAGUUUUCCAUAUAUUUCUGCAAGAAGGUGGCCUACCUGCCUCAACCCUCCGCGGUGGCCUGCGAGAUGCUCGACAUCGUGGUGGCAACAGUGAAGAAGAUGUGCCAGUCGCCGGCUAGGAAGGUGUCCUUCCCGUGGCAGAGGUCCGAAAACACCACCGUGUCGGAGGAACAGGUGACCUCCACGGCGUCCAGGCUCAAGGUGUACCUGCGGGAGACGCUGCGCUUCUUUUUGAAAUCCUGCAAAGAGGCUUCGGACAGACUGUCGGAGGAGGAGAAGUCAAGCGGGUCUUUGUCCGACGAGAGCGGAGAGGACAGCGAGGGCGGCGCCGACAACAACAUGGCGAGCGUGGUGCAGUCUCUCCUGGACCAGACCGAGCCCCUGCUGAGACAGGACCAUGGCGGCGUGGACGGGGAGGCGGCGCUGUUGGGGCUGGAGGAGCUGAUCCGCCAGGACAAGCUGUACGCCAUCUCCGAGCUGCUGGCCGACAAGUUCCCAGGCAUGUUCCACCGACGGGCUCGGGGCCCCUCCAGGCCGCUGGCCCCCGGCAGGAGGUCGUGGUCGGACUCGGAGCUCAGCCAGCCCGCGAGGAACCGCGUCGGUGUCGUGCCCACCGACCAGGUGCACGCGUUCAUCGAGGAGGCCGUGAGGCGCCUGCUGACGUCGCUCAUCUCCCCGCCGCCGUCCUGGGGGAUGGGUCACACCAUCCAGGUCCAGAGCACCACCGCCGGCCCGUCCACCGCCGGCUCGUCCACCUCCGACCGGGCGGCGUCGGGCGAGAAGUUCGAGGCCGUCAUGGACCUCUACAGCAAGCUGAUGGCCGACCAGGUGAUGGGAAACCUCGGCGGGCGCCAGCAGGAAGUCACCGAGCGGGAGAGGAAGAAGACCGCCGUCCUCUUCUUCCAGGAGCUUCCAAACAACAUCAUGAGGAGUUGGAUCAAUCUGACCAACAAGCCCUUUUAACGUGUUUUACCUAAGUUCAUUUUACUGUUUCAUCAUAAAUAAAGACAAGAUUGUUCAAUGUCA